UUUUGUUUUAAGCAAUGUCUUCCUACACCUGCAUCACGUGUCAUGUGGCUUUUGGUGAUGCUGAGAUUCAGAGGUCACACUACAAAACAGAUUGGCACAGAUAUAACCUGAAGCGUAAAGUCGCAGAAAUGCCUCCAGUGACAGCUGAAAACUUCCAAGAACGUGUAUUGGCCCUGAGAUCAGCUGUAGAAGAGAAGAAAAAGGGGACUGCCACAGACUGCACAUCUUGUGGUAAAAGAUUCGCCACCUUCAAUGCCUAUGAAAAUCAUUUAAAAUCCAAGAAACACCAGGAUGCAGAAAAGAAGUUCGCGAGCAUUGCAAAUAAACAGCUGGAAAGGCUGAAUGUGAAAAAUUUGGAGAUGGGGAUAAGCGAGGAUGGAAUGGACAAAGAUACCGUGAAUAUAGCCAUUCAGCAGGCGGUAAAAGCUCAGCUGGCUCCCUCCACAAGGAAAUGGACUGUUGUCCCAGUAACUGAAGACGCUUUGUCACAAGUCACAGUUAGCAGCCAACAAAACAAGAAGCCUGACAAACCACCUCGGUUACUCUGGUUCGGACAGCAAGCUGCAAAAUUGGACCAGCUCGAGUCAUUUGAGGAGGAAGUGACGAUGGAGGAUGAAGAUGAUGGUGAAUGGGAGGAUGUGGAUUCUAUCUGUGAUGAGGAGGAACAUUUUAAAAACGAGAGCCGAGCUGAAGUCUCUCCAUCUGGCAGUAUUCAAGUAACAAACUGCUUAUUUUGUUCACAUCACUCUCGAUCUCUAUUUAAAAAUAUUGAUCAUAUGACAAAGUUGCACGUUUUUUUUAUUCCUGACAUUGAAUAUUUAGUGGAGCUAAAGGGUUUGAUGAAGUACAUGGGAGAAAAGGUUGGUCUGGGAAACGUUUGCCUGUGGUGCAAUGAGAAAGGGCGGUCCUUUUACUCGACUGAAGCUGUCCAAGCUCAUAUGGUUGACAGCAGCCAUUGUAAACGCUUCACAGAUGGAGCUACUCUUGAAUUUGUAGACUUCUAUGAAUUUAGGUAA